GAAACAGCAGCUCAUGCCGUUGUCAUCAUUAUAAACUGAAAACAGAAAUUUUUUUCGUUAAUUUCAAAAUCAAAUUAUUUGAUUGAUAAUGGCGGCGAUUGGUGAUGAUGAUGAUAAUGAUUUUGCCUAUCAAUUAGAACAAGAAGAAUUAGAACGAAAAAAACAACAACAAUCUUGUGGUAAUGAAUCAAAUUCCAAUAUUUUUCGUGAUCCAUCUGAUGGUAUGGAAUAUGAAUGGGAUCCGGCAAAAAAAGCAUGGUUUCCUCGAAUAAAUGAUGAUUUUAUUGCAAAAUAUCAAGCAUCAUAUGGCCAAUUUGAAGAUGAUCAACAAACAAAAGAAUCUCAAUCGAUUAAAGAUAAUGAUGCAGAACAAAAGUCGACAAAUGCUGAAGACCAGAAACCUAUGCAAUCUGAUGAUAAUCAAUUGAAAUCAUCAUCCCAACAACAACAAACAACAUCCGAAUUAUCAACGAAAAAACGGCCACGAGAUGAACCACCUGAGCCACCAAAAUGGUUCGAAAUUGAUGAUGAGCAUAAUACAAAUGUAUAUGUUUCAAAUCUACCAUUAGAUAUUACUAUGGAUGAAUUUACUGGAUUGAUGAAAAAAUGUGGUCUUAUCAUGAAAGAUGAUAGGGGUCAAUUGAAAAUAAAAUUAUAUACCGAUUCGAAUGGAAAACCAAAAGGUGAUGGCCGUUGUUGUUAUAUAAAAGUCGAAUCAGUUGAUUUAGCAUUAAAAAUAUUGGAUGGUUAUCAUUUACGUGAUACUGAUCAGCAACCGAUUAAAGUUGAACGAGCAAAAUUCUCAUUAAAAGGUGAAUAUAAUCCACUGUUGAAACCGAAAAAGAAAAAAUUGAAUAAAAAAGAUCGUGAAAAACAACGAAAACGAAUGGAAAAAUUGUUUGAUUGGCGACCGGAUAAACUACCUGGUGAACGACCAAAAUCAGAAAAAACAGUCAUUAUUAAAAAUAUGUUCGAUGUGAAAACAUUUGAAAAUGAUCCGCGUUUAAUAUUGGAAUAUAAAACUGAUAUUCGUGAAGAAUGUGAAGAAAAAUGUGGUCCAGUUCGAAAAGUUGAUAUUUAUGAUCGCAAUCCUGAAGGAGUAGCAACAGUUACAUUCAAUGAAUUCGAUGAUGCUGAUAAAUGUGUUGAAUUGAUGAAUGGAAGAUUUUUCGCCGGUCGUAAAUUAGAUGCCAAACAUUGGGAUGGUAAAACUCGUUAUAAAAUUGAAGAAACUGAUGAAGAAAUUCAAAAACGAAUUCGUCAAUGGGAUGAAUUUUUGGAACAGCCUGAUGAUGAACCAAAACAACAAAAAGAAUCGAUUCAAGAAUCUCAAUCAUAACUUUUUUUUGAAAAAAAAUCAUUUGUAUAUUUCAUUUAUCAAAAAUCAAUAA